AUGGCGUCUGCUUUGGGCCGGGUGUACAACUAUCGGAGGCUUAUGUCCAAUAUUUAUGGACAAACUCGCUUGAUUUCUACUUCAAAAAAUAACAGAGAAACUGCUACUGUGUCUGAACCAGUGGAGCAGUUACACCCCAAACGAGAAGAAAAGAACUGGAUUAGCUAUGGUUUCGAUAUGAAGGAUAAGGAAGAGGACAGAAACGCAAUGCAUUCGACAAUGUUUUUUUCUGUUACAUUGUGCCUCGUUGUAGGCUCUUUCAUAUGGGCGUAUAGUCCGGAUUACCAGAACCGUGACUGGGCACAGAGAGAAGCGUUUUUGGAACUCCGAAGGCGAGAAGCACUGGGUCUACCUCACAUCGAUCCAAAUUUGAUAGAUCCUGACAAGGUUAUUCUUCCUACAGACGAAGAAUUAGGUGAUACAGAAAUUAUAAUAUGA